UUGGCAGUUUUGUCCGUUUUGUCCCUCGAGUUGUUCCGUAGUUUUCAGUCAUGGCUUCCUCAGAGCCGCAGCCUCGGUUUGGUCAGUCUGUGAAAAGUUUGUUAUCUGAUAAAGUCGGUUCAUGCAGUGGAGAUGUGAUUGCUCUUACACGCCAGGUAUUAAAGGGAUCUCGUAGCCAAGAGUUGCUCGGUCAGGCAGCAAGAAAUAUGGUUAUCCAAGAAGAUGCCAUUCUACACUCUGAGGAUAGUCUAAGGAAAAUGUCCAUAAUAACUACUCAUUUGCAAUAUCAGCAAGAAGCCAUCCAAAAGAAUGUGGAGCACUCCAGAAACCUUCAGGACCAGCUUAGACACUUGUUAAAAUAAUGUGCCGGCAAGCUAUGCUGUUGACAUGUUCAACUUGGACAUUGCGUUGUUCCUCACACCAUGUGCAAGAGGUUGCACUCCAAACACGCACAUGUGCUUUGAUUGCCCUCUCAAUAACCCUCAUGUCCUUGAGGUAACAUUUUAUAUGUAGGAUUGACUUGUCUGGUUUUUUGUUUAAUUUCUUAACCAACAUUCAGUUAAAUUAGAUCAUAUUGGUUUUUUUUUUAUUUAUGAAAAACUGGGUAGUGUCAGUGUUAAAUGAGUCUGCUUUUGAAAACAAGAAAAGCAUAAACAACAGUUUACUACAGAUUUAUGUUAAUUUAUUGUCUUUUUUAUUUUAAUGAAUAAAUUUGUCUUUGUAUGAACAUUGUUAUAGAUUUGAGUGAAAUGACAUGUUCUCUGCAGGAAUGCCAGUAGAAUGUGUAAUAAAGCCACCCACGUGUAAUA